CACAGCGAGACACAUCGAAUGCUGUGUGUGCGCGCCUCGUUUUGAACAUGUACACAAUAACAAAGAGGUUACAAGCGAAAAAGAUGGAAUUAAUGUUCCACACGACGAUCAACAGGUUUAAAUUAUUUGUGUUUCAUCUGCAGUCUUGUUUAGUUUUUCGUUAAAUGUAGAUGCAGAGAACAGAACGUAUCUUAAAUAAAUAUAAGCAAAAAGUAAAAAAUAAAAAUCAGAUUUAAGGCAUAACAACAUAUCGGGCCAACAACAACAAGAACAACAACAACAACAGCAGCGCGAAUCGAAAAUUUCAUGAAUUCCCUUUCGAGUCGAAAUAAAACAAGUUAGUAAUUGAAGCAAACGAUUUUUUUUUAAAUCCGUUGUUACUCUUGCUUAUUUUUUUCGGUACUGUUACGUUCACUUUUUUUUUUCUUGUUUGUUGAUUUCCUUAACAGGUGCUAUCGUAGUUUUCAUUUGAUAUUCGCUUAUAUCUUGUCUUUUUGUGUGUUCAACUAGUUUCCGAUUUUGUUUGUUAAGAGAAAACGAAAAAUUUAGAGUCUAGUAAAAUUGUUACAACGAAUUUGAAAAGAAAAGAGAAAAAUCCAGACUAUUCAAUCAGAAUUCGAUUGCGCUGUUAGAAUAAAAUCGCGAAUCGAACGAAGUGGCUACAGAAAAGUUCCACUUCUACAUCAUAUUCAUUCCAAGUAAAUUGUAAAGUGUUUCGAUCUGUGUUUAUUAUCCAUACGAAAGAAAGACAGCAAAGAAGAAGAAAAAAAAACAACAACGUUCAACCGUUACCAUUGAGUGCUCUUUAAAGACAAUUUCAAGUGUGGCCACGAAAUUGCGGCUUAUGUAUAUAGAUAUAAUUUUUUUUGGUGUGUGACUGAAAUACAGUUUGCUUUCCAACGAGAAAUAUAGACUUUGCCUCCUGUGCGGUUAAAUUUAUUUAUUGUUUAUUUUUUCCUUCUGGUGUGAACGAGACGUUCAUUUUAACAUUUCCCUGGAGAUUGCAUAUACAUUUUAAACAUCAAACUGGCGACUGAAACGAAAAAAACCAAACCAUCGCAAGCGAUGUCAACGCUAAUGUUUUGGAAUAAGCAAAACGGUAACGCAAACCAAAAUGGCAGUGAGAAUGGCUCAACUGGAAAGAAUGGAAAAAAGACGUGGCUACAUACGCCCGAGUCAUUGAUGAACGGACACGUUGCCUAUCUAGUCAAAUUUUUGGGCUGCACUCCUGUUGAUCAAGCGAAAGGCAUUGAAACCGUCAAGGAUGCAAUUCGUCGAUUGCAAUUUUCACAGCAAAUGAAAAAAGCGGAAUCCGGUUCGAAUAUUAAAACGAAAAAGGUCGAGAUAACCAUUAGCGUUGAUGGAGUAGCCAUUCAAGAGCCGCGAGGAACGAAUAUAUUGCAUCAGUUCCCAUUGCAUAACAUUUCAUAUUGUGCUGAUGAAAAGGGUGUCAAGAAAUUCUUUAGUUUCAUAGCUAAAAAUAGUGCACCAACCAAUGGAAAUGAUUCAUCUGAUCGUCCCGCGGAGGAAACGCACGAGUGUUUUGUAUUUAUCUCAAGCAAAUUGGCUUCGGAUAUUACAUUAACCAUUGGUCAAGCCUUUGAAUUGGCCUACAGGCGCUAUGUUAACGAAAGUGGAAAAACGACAGAGGUGGCAAAAUUACAAUCGCAGAAUAAAUACUUGGAGCAAAAGGUCGAAGCAUAUUGUCAACGAUUAAAAGAUUUGGCUGAUGUCGUAUCGAAGGGUGAACUCGAUCGCUUGUUGAUGCGCUACGGCGUUCGUGAUAUAUUGGAUUUGCCGCAACAAGAGAACGGAAUCGGCAACCAUGUUGCAAACAUCAACGGAAGCAACACUCCAGAUUUAGGAAUUGAUGUGUCAUCGCCAAAUAAUGAUGAUCAGCUGUUGAUAGAGACAUCUGACAAGCACUUUGCACCAAUUGUUCCGCCGAGAAAUCUGCAGAGUCAAAUUAGUUCGACGCUGGACGCAUUGAAGCCAUCAGUUGGUACGAAACUCGAGGGUCUUUUAUUGAAUUCCGAUUCGGAUAGUGAUUUUGAUCCACGUGCCGAUGAAAAUGAUAUGUUCUCACCGGAGAAGAACUCAUCGGAAUCAUUUUUUGGAUUUGAACCACCAAAAACAACGAUGGGCCAACAAUUGUUCACAAUGAAUUCCAAUUCAAUGAUGAACGGUGGCUCAAUAAAUGGCAAUCUCAACAAUGGAGCCGCCAAAACAACACCAUUGUUGGCUCCACCGCCAAAGGCAUCAAUUCCACGGCGCAAUGGAAAUGUGACAAGCAACCAAGAUCUAUUCGGUUCAACGCCAUUCGAUGCACAUUCGAGCCCCUUUGAUACUACCAGCAACAAAUUGGGGCUCAUAGAUGAUUUUACACUCGAAAGUCUAGAUCCACUCAGAAAGUAGAUAGAAAUUUUGUUUGGACACACACACACAGACACGAUGAGCAAAAAGUAAAAAAAAAUGAAUCAAAAUAAAUAAAUCAAAUUCAGCAUUUGUCGAGUGGCUGUCGCUGCCAUUGAAAGCGUCCCAUUUCGAAGAUUCUUUCACCCUCCUCCUUCCCACUCUUGAUGUAGACAACUUUACAAUAUCUACCAAUUUUUAUAUAUAUAGCCUUCAAGGUCGUGCAUUUUCGUCUUUUAUAAAAAAUUCAGCGAGAGAGAGAGAGAGAAAUCUAUUUUAAUAGUAGAUAUGAUUGGCUCAGACAGAAAUUAAUAACAGAAAAAUAAAAAAAAAUGAGACAACAUCAAUUUCGCCCUCACACACAGUGCGUGCACACGGUUUCAUCCGUUGUCGGGGUUUUCAUUAUUAUUUUUUGAAAAAACAACAAACAAAAUAUAUAAUAUAUUAUCCACACGAAAUGUUAUUUAUAGGAAGUGAACAGAAAAUAUUAUAUAAAAUUAAAAAUGAAAAAAAAAAGAGUCAAAAGUGAUAUAUAAAUAUAACAACAAGAACAAGAACAACAAAAGAAUUGUGGAAAAUGAACAAGAAAAAAAAAACAAACAAACAGCAAAUUAUUGGUUUACACUAUUGAAAAUGAAUUCAAUUAUUUUAUUGUAUUUGCAAUGUUAUUAUGAAGCUUAUAUUUGUAUUAGUUGUUAUCGAUUAGACCUCUAUGAGCAUAUAUUAUAUUCCAUUCCGGUAAAUUUUUAUCAGAGAAAAUGUCAUGUGUCUUGCAGUUUGCAUGAAAAUAACAAUAAACCGAUCGUAUUUAAUCCCAAGAAUAAAUAAAAACAUGACUUCUCAAUUGGAGAGAAAAGAGAGUCCCUUCGGAAGCUAAGUUAUUCCUACAAAUCUCUACCAUUUAACAAAGUGACUGCGGUCAAUUUGUCAUGUUGUUAAUAAUCUACUUUCCCUUCCCCCCCAUCCGACAAACAAUCAAACAACAACAACAACAAAUAACUGGAAUUAGCAAUAGUGUACACUGUACAGUGAAUUUCCGACAAUCGAAA